CUUUUCGAGAUCGGGAUUCUGAUAAUUCCUCAUGUAAACUUUGGACUGGACAUUCUCGUGAUUCUGAACCGGCCGGCGAGAACUAAAUAUUAGUAUGGCUGAUGACGAGACCUUAAGAAACGGGGUGCGUAUGAACCUAGAUGCCUGGCUGGAAAGGCUGCGAUGUGGAGGAAAUAUCGAAAGACAGCAAUUCUUCAAAAAGAAAUUCUUGGAGAGGCUCCGGACGUCAGCUGUUGCCAUAGAAACUGAAAAAGCAAAUGAACAGCACUAUGAGGUUCCAACAGAAUUCUUUCAAACAGUACUUGGACCUAGAUUGAAAUACAGUGGUAGUAUUUGGAAUGAAAACACUGGUGAUUUAGCAGAUGCUGAGAACGUGACGUUGAAAAUGUAUUGUGAGCGUGCGAAAAUUGAGGAUGGACAAACUGUUCUUGAUCUGGGAUGCGGCUGGGGCUCAUUUGGUUUGUACGUUUUACAACAUUACCCAAGAUGUCAUGUGACCUGUGUUUCCAAUUCGAACACCCAGAGACAGUACAUAGAAAGCCAGGGGUUAAAGCUGGGCGUGUCGGACAGACUGCAAUGUAUCACCGCGGACGCCAACGACUUCUCUACAUCAAAACGAUUCGACAGGAUUGUCUCGAUAGAAAUGUUUGAGCACAUGAAGAACUACUCCAUCCUGUUCCAGCGGGUGUCUUCCUGGUUAAAGCCGGCAGGGAGAUUGUUUAUUCAGGUGUUGUGCCACAGAUACUUCCCCUAUGCUUUUGACACUAAGCCUGGCUCAGACACAGAAUGGAUGGCGAAAAACUUCUUCACCGGGGGUACAAUGCCUUCUGUAGAUCUCUUCCACUACUUUCAGAGAGAUGUUUUACUAGUAGGUGAAUGGCUUGUAAAUGGUGGAAAUUACAGCAAGACGCUGGAGGCGUGGCUAGUUGCCAUGGAUACGAACAAAGACAAAGUGAAGAGGAUAUUCCAGCAGACGUACGGGCAGGACGCGGACAAACAGAUUUUUAACUGGAGGCUGUUUUUUAUUUUCUGUUCCGAGGUGUUUGGUUACAGUGGGGGAAAUGAAUGGCAUAUUGCUCAGUAUCUGUUCCAAAAGCAGCUCAACAGUGCCUUAUAGAAACCGUGUGUCACAUAUCAUUAUGAACUGGUCAGACUAUUUGAUUGUGAUUAACAGUGCUUUAUAGAGGCUGUGUAUAACAUAUACUUAAUAUGAACUGGUCAGACUAUUUGAUUGUGAUGAACAGUGCUUUAUAGAGGCUGUGUAUAACAUAUACUUAAUAUGAACUGGUCAGACUGUUUGAUUGUGAUGAACAGUGCUUUAUAGAGGCUGUGUAUAACAUAUACUUAAUAUGAACUGGUCAGCAUGUUUUACUGUGAUUAACAAACAGUGCCUUACAGAGACUGUGUAUAACAAUUAUGAACUGGUCAGUAUGUUUAAUGUCCUCAGCAGCGCCUUAUAGAAACUGUAUGACAUAUCAUUAAUAUUAUGAACUGUAAAGAACUUAUUUCUGGUCAGCAUGAUUUAUUGUUGGUAUUGACAAUGAAAGGUUAUCAGUUUUCUUUUUUAAACUGUUAUAUUUAUGGUAUGUAUGAAAUAUAUUACAAAAACAUUGAAA